CUCUUGUGAUGACCUUGGAAGCUCCCACGCUGUUCUCAGUAUUGGGUACCCUGGUGGGGGAAAUUCGUUCAUCGAUGUCCCGGCCACCCACACCGGGCGAUUUUCACCCCUCCGAGCCCGCUGCGCCCUUAACGAUCAAUGGUGAGGGGAAUUUCUCUAGGUAUCUUUGAAUUAUCGUAUCCUGAGAAUCGAAGCGGAAUUCGAUCAAAUUUAGAGAUGCAGAAUUGCUCGCUUUCCGGAAAUUUACGGUUACUAAUCUUUCGUUAAAUGAUAAACUAUGUACGUACUACUAAUAUUUUACCGGAUUGAUAUUUUACUGAACAUAUUUCAGAUGCUGUAUGCAUUAGAUACACAUUGUGCCUUGAAUCUAUCAAACUAUUUUUAAAAGUUUUUUUCUUUUUUUUAAUCAAAUUUCUAUUUAGAACUAACGCUUUCUAUUUAAUUUUCACGACGAAAUGCUCGCGCUUUUUUCCAUAUAUUUCUAGUUUAAACUAUAACUUAAUUACCGUGUGCGUGUUAAAAUUUUUAAUGAAUAACAUUGAUUUUAUAUUGAAUCUUGUGUUAAAAUAAAUGCCAUAAAAAACAAAAUAAACGAUUGAUAUUACAAUCACUAAAAAAAAUUCUACAAAAUUUCUUAUCGCACGUAUCUCGUGGCUGUAAUUGUGUUUUUUUUUUAUCCCUCACAAAAUUCAAUUUCGCAUAUGCUGUUAUAAUAGCGUUAUUCCCUCUUCCUCUCGUGCCUCUCGCGCGGUAUGGCUUGGAUUUCAAAGAUCUUCAGUAUCGAAACUAAAUUUGAUACAUUCCGCUAUAAGUGUAUCGGGGCUGGUGGGCCCACGCGAGCGUCCAAUUUCAAUUGUCAUCCGAUGCGUUCGACGCGACUAUCCGCAUGAGAGUGCCCACUCCGCCCUUGCUCGCGCAUGGAUAUGCAUUGAGAGGAGAAUACGUGUGCACGCGCGACUCUCCCCCGGAGGGAUUUGCACACGUGCACUGCGCGUACACCCGCGCACACUGCCGUCAUGAACGGCCCGUGACCGACACAAUUGCACUAUUGCACGUGUGCGCACGUAGCCGGCGAGGGAGGAAGAGAAUGGGAUCGUGCACAGAAGAAGGAAGGCAAAGGGAUAAAUCGAAAGAGAGAAAGAGGGAGGAGGAGGGUGGCUCGUGAACGAGCUGGAGAAAAGGGGAUGAAGAGGCAGACAAGGGUGGGGGGUCGCGCUCGAUCGUUAAAGCGGCAUGAUCGCUCUCUCCCUCCACCACCACCACCACCACCACCACGCGUUCCCUCACGCCCAAGUUGCCCAUUCAUAAAGUUGCACGUUCCGCUAAUUCUUAGCAUCUCGAAUCUCGUUCAACUCUUUCCCGAUGGUAUCGCAGCAAUAUAGAAGAAAUCGGUUUAGACAAUGGAGAACAAUACGAGCAAUUCUCUCUUUUAAAUUUGUAUUUAAUUAAGUAUUUGUUUUUGUAUAAAAUAGCAAUGCAAGGAGAAGACGAACGAUAGAAAAUUGUGGUGGAAGAUUGAACGUCCCGGGAAACGGAAACGUAGAUUACAAUUUGGAUGCUGUGCCUUGAUUUGUUAAAUGCGAUUCGUUCUUUAAAACAAAUUCUCGGAAUAACGGAUCCAAGAUCGAGCAUUUACACAUGAAAGAUAAAUGAGCUACGUGUGUACAAUAUAACAUGGGCGUAUACAGGGGAGGAAGAUCUCGAAAGUCUCCGAAGUUUUAUUCUCUUAUUUUUAAUUAUAAUAUACAACUUCACUUUUGAGUCAGUAAAUUUUUUGUUAUAUAAAAUAUUUUCUCUAAAUUACAAUGCAUGUAAAUAAUUUUUAGAAUUUUCAUUAGAGCUUUGAUAGAGUUUAAUAGUAUCUAUUGCUAUUCUCGAAAGGAUAUAACGGCGAUAUAAAAAAUUAGUUACGUAACUCAAUGGCAAAUGAUUAGAAUGGUAUGGCUCUUAUUGAUUCAUAUUACUAUGAAUUUUAAAGAUGUGUCACAUCGAUUUGAGAAAAAUCAUAAUAUAGUGUGUGUGUGUGUGCGUGUGUAAAGUUUUUAAUUUUAAAUAUUGAUCAUUAAUAAGUUAUUUUACAAAAUGUAAAUAGGGAAUCCAUACUAUUUCCACUAUGUAUUUUUAUUUUAUUAAUUAUCAUAUAAUGUAUUUAACUGUGAAAAAAAUCUAAUAUAAAAAAUACAUAAAUAAUUCCUAUAGAAGUAAUCUUGAAAAUUACGACACAGAAUUCUGUUCGAGAUUAUCGACACAGAAAUCUGUUAGAGAGUAAAUAUUUGAUAUGUCUAAAAAGUUUGUGAACUUAGUCUAAAAUUAUCUAAAGAGAGAAAAAAAGAAAGGGGAAAGGGGAGGAAAGGGAAAACUUUGAUUGCUGUAAGAUAACGUAAAAAAGUUUUUUAUUAUUGAUACACAAGAUCAAUAAUUUAUUAUUUAAUUAUAUACCAGCGUUACUUAUAAAAUAAUUAGCGUUUUAUUUACACUUAAAUAUGCCUUUUUGAGAUGUCGUAGGACGAUGAAGCUUCUACAAUUGACAAUGACGUAAAUGGAAAUUUUACUGUUAGCUCGACAGCCCAGUGUAAUUCCGCUCCCAUACAUAAAGCAUUCUUGUUUUACUAUCCGCCGCCGACAGCCAUUAAAGAUCCAAUCCAUGCCAAUUAAAGAUUCAUUGAUAAUUAACGACCCAUGACGCGUGUUCGUGCGAGAGGAUUGACCCGCGCGGCUCCAACGCAACACCUGUUCCUCCUGGAAUGAGACUUGGCUUGUGCCCGAUCGACCCUAACUGCCGGCUGAAGGUCAUCGUCGUCGUCGUCGUCGUCGUCGUCGUUAUUCUCCUCAUUCUCGUUCCCGUCGUCGAGGAGUGAGAGGAGGCGAGAGAUGCCGCAGUGCUCCUGUGAGCGAGCAAAUAAAAGGCCGCCCGGCAUUGAGCGGGCGCCUCCAUUCAUGGUUUCCGGGCGCAGGCGUACCGCGCGGAAACCGCAUGGCGCUGCCCGGGGAAGGGGUUCGCGAGAAGUUCACCUACGCAGAGAGCCCCCGGCAUCUCGCGAUGCGUGGGCGACGUGGGUGAUUCAGAGGUAGAGCGCGAGCCGGAGUAAAGGGCGGACGUUCUCGCGCGCCGGCUCGACUCGCACGGCUUCUCGCAACCCCCAGCUCGCUCGGCGAAGGGUGGCAAAGCGCGGCUGAGAAGAAAAACCGCUUCGCACUCGCGCCGGGAUCUUCGCCGGGUCCGCGUGGUGCAAGUCUACGGCAUCCUACGCGCCGGUCGUUUCCUGACGCGCCCGCGGCGGGACUCGUCCAGUGAGUUCCGUGGCUCUUCUCCUCGCGACGAUCCUCCCCGUCACCUGGGAUCUUCGUGCCAAAAAUAGGCGCGCGGGAAUCGUGAACCCUCCCCCCGUCCAGGAGUCGACGCUCGUCGAGAAUGGAACGCGGGAAUCUCACGGGAAAUCGUACGCGAUCCCGACGAUUGUUCUCGAACCUUUUAACUCCGGAGUCUCUUGUCACUCUUCUUUGAAGUCCGCGCUUUCUUACGCGCCGCAGCCUACAGAGAUCAGGAGAGUCCAGAGAGACUAGGUUCAAAACGCCGAAAAACACGACGAAGAAAGUGAGAAAGUUCAGUGAAACUGUCCGCAACCGUAACGAACGCCUGUUUCCAGUUUGAUAAUCUUCGACAAGAAAGAGACAAAAGAAAAGAGAAAGACAGUUCGUGUGUUGGCUGUUGUUACGUGGGUAUACGAGAUCGUUUCUAAUACAUUAUUCUUACGGUCUUACUCUUUGAACGAUAAGGCCUAUCGCUCGGCCUACUCAUCCCUUGACUGGUCGAACUUUAAUCCGCGACGGUCAAUAAGAAAAAUUAAUAUCAGCUAUUUGCGACUCAUUUUUAUUAAUCGCUCGUAAAAGCGUUUCAAUAUUCCCCUAGUAUUAAAAAAUAAAAGUCACCCUAUUGAGGAAUCCAAAAACGUUCGGGGAGCUCAACGCGAUCGCUCGGGCCUCUAAGUAGUCGAGCUCAAGCAUUACAACGGACGCUCGGUGCGGCUCGCUCCGGCAGCUAGCCCCGGUCCCACCGCGAGUGUGUUCCUCUCGCGGCUCUCCACUCGGACAGCCUCGGAGGCAUGCGGAGAUUCUACCCGGCCGCAUCCGACCGAGCGGGUGGCCAACUGUGCUGCGUCAGUGUCCAGUCGACGAAGACGUUGAUCCUGGAGAGAUACGCGAGCGUGGACAUCUCGGGAAGCAUGCUCGCCGCACAUCGCUACGACUGCCGCUCGUACGAGAGGAAAACAAGAUUUUUCAAACGCGCGACACAAGAGACCUCCUUGGAUCUUUAUCAGGAAUUUUUGCCCGCCACGAUGAAUCAAUUGAAAACUCCCCGCAACAGAAUAGAUUGCAAUCGCCACUCUAUGCAACUCACAAACAAGCCUCGGAAGCAAGAUGAUCAACACUUUACGCCAAGGAAGUUCACAGCCGCCAAGAAGAUCCGAUCAUACCCGGACUCCAGCCCAAAUCGCUUUUCGAAGCAUUUUCCUCCGGGCAAACUGUCGCAACCACAACCCAAGGACUGCGUAUUAAAUCGCACGAACCUCAAUCGCGUAGAUUCCUUGAACGAAUGUCCGAAACUGUACAGUCCAAGUCCUUUGCCGGCCAGCUCGCUGAGCUGCUCGAGCGAGAGUCGUUCGAGCUCCUCCGAUGACAAUCUAAUGAGUCAUUCGCCAGUUCACCAGCUGGACGAAAUGCCAGACCAUUUCGAGUAUUUUCGAAUGUUUGAGGAUGCCAGCAUAACUGAUGUACCUGGUUCAAGCUUCUCGGGCUAUUCAAGCGAGAGCUACCGGCCGAGCUAUGAGACAUUCGAGGAUCUCAACAUGAAUCUUCUGAAGUUUGAUUUGCUGGACGACAUCUCCAGGCGACAAUCGCCCGUGCGUGAGGAAUACAGCCCGAGUGUUCAGGGAGACGUGAUCAAUGAGCCGUUAAUAACUUUGACGAGGAAUGAGUUGGAGAAAGACGAGAGCGACACAAGUGUACUAUCACGAAUACAGCGAACUCGUAGCCCGAGUAUUCAGAGGGAUCUAUCCGAGUCACCAUUGAUCCCGACGAUAUUAGAGGAGUUGGAGAUUAUUGAAAGAAAGAAGAAUUAUUCAGGACAACAGUCACCUGCGAGCGAACAAUGGGCUCAGAACAUAGAGGAGGAUGCGAUUUCGAGCAAGGAAGAGACGGCAAAAGAGACCCCCGAGGGAGAUCGAGCGCACGAUCAGCCGCUUAAGGCCUUGACACCGUCGUCGUAUCAAUGCAUUGAUCAUCCGUGCACGCAAUUGUUUUAUUGUCAGACUUGCUGCAAAACCAUCUGCAAGGAUUGCGCUACUCCGUGCGUUCACAAGCACGUGACGGUGGAAUUUGCCGAGUUCCUCGACACCGCCCAGCGUCAGGCUGAAGAGGUGCUGACCGAGGCCUACCUCGGGAUCGACGUUCUCGCGGAUGACAUGGAAAAUAUGGGGCUGGACAUUGCAGCGUUAGAUCAGAGAGCCAGGGAAGCGCUCACUGAUGUUAAGUUCUUUUCACGUAGAAUGUGGUCUGCGGUGGAGGAGAGGGAGAAGAAAUUAUUUAAACAGAUUGUGGAAACGCGCCGAUGGAAGUACGAGGUCCUUCACGAGAAAUACAUGAAUUUGAAGGAGGAUAAGACACGGCUAUCGCAAGCCGUUAGUGCUCUCAAAUGCGCUAUCCACGACGCCCGAUCAUCCCCUGUGUGUAAUCCUGAUGACCUUUUGCAGAGGAAAGAUAUGGUGUUGGCUGAGAUUUGGCAAAUUCGUCAAAAUCGGAAGGCAAAGGUUCGAUCUAUCCGAGAUGAGAAUUGGAUUUCCUUCAGAAGUUCCGACAGUAACGUGCUAUCAGUGAUCGCCAACGGAGGAAACGUCAUGGUGAACGGCCCAGGCACGAUCGGCGACCGUUUACCGAAUCGCGAUUGCAAACUAUCACAACCGUAUUUCCCAUACGGAAUAAGCGAACAUAUGCUGCAAUCGAUUCCGCGGGGUCGUCCGAUAACGAAUUACGAUCGCAACAUCUGUCUCCCUGCAAGAUCAUCCGAAUUGCAGGUCAGGAGCACGGACGUCAUAAUUCUCGGCUACUUCGGCGAAAAUAAUCCCGACAAUCUCUGCCGCCCGUGGGGAUUGACUUGCGACCACGAGGGUAACAUCAUAAUCAGCGAUCGGUCCAAUAACCGUAUACAGAUCUACCGUGAGGACGGCACGCUGAUCAGGAAAUUUGGAUGCUACGGAAACGGCCCUUGUCAGUUCAAUCGUCCAGCCGGGAUCGCCGUCGACGCCAGACAUCGUCUUAUCGUGGUCGACAAGGAUAAUCAUCGCGUUCAGAUUCUGACGCUGGAGGGAGAAUUCCUGAGGGCCUUCGGCGAGCACGGCGAGAAACAGGGGCAAUUCUGUUAUCCGUGGGACGUAGCCGUAAACUCAGUUUGCGAAAUCGCAGUCACAGACACGAGGAACCACCGUGUCCAGUUGUUCAGCCCCGAGGGAAUUCCCUUACGUAUGUUCGGUGGCCAAUCGCAUCAGCUGAGAUACCUGGACUCGCCACGCGGUAUCUGCUUCAGUCCUGAGGGCAAGCUGAUCGUCACGGAUUUCAACAAUCACCACGUUUUGAUAAUUGAAUAUAACAUGAUGGAGAGCCAUAUACUUAAAUGCGAGAAGGAGUCAAAGGUCAGGAGGCAGGACGGGGAAAGUGGCGAUGAGCCAAAUGAGGAAAAUACCCCCACGUUUCAGAGACCUCAAGGCAUAAUAGCGGCUGACGACGGGAGUAUUCUCGUUGCCGAUUCCCGCCACAAUUCAAUCAAGGCGUUCAACUCAUUCGGAUCGUUACUCUACUCUUACAAGCCCGGUCAGGAAGAAAUGGACCGUCCAUUGGGUAUAGCCCUUCAUUGGGACGGUAGAAUAACGUUUACGGAUUACGGACGUAAUUAUGUACGCCUAGUAAAGCUGGACCGUCAGGUGGACCCGGUGCCGAGGAAUACUAUCAUGUUCGGUUGACACUUCAGGAUCGCGGACGCAAUGUUCUGAUGAUCUAAUGAAAACUUCAGGGAUUUCUGUUUCCAUCAAGCAUGAGCGGUACCGACCACGGCGACAGCUAUCGCAAUUUUUAUAAUUGCAACGCGUGGCGCAAUUUUGGAGCCACCAGUAAAUUACGUUAGAGGGUAUAAUUGUUUGCAAAACAAGAGGAGGGAAGGAAUCUCGUUCUUUGGUCUCAUUCCGCGUCGCGAGAUCGCUUUAUAUAAGACGCUCAAUUUUAAUCUUGAUAAAAGGUUGCAAUUUACUUUUUUAGCACAUUUACAAUAUUUAUUGAAAUAACCCGUGAAAAAAUCUCCAUAUUAAAAUAGAUCAAAUUAUGUCAAAAGAAUCAAGUUAUAGACCAAAUUAUAGAGCGGAUCUAAUUUUACAACUCGAUUGAUAAAAAUUAGAUCUGCCCUGAUAUAAUUUAAUCUAUAAUUUGAUUCUGGAUAUGAAGAUUUUUUCCCGGGAAUAUGCAACUCUCUUAUCUCUGAUUAAUAAUUUUGUAUUAUUAUUUAUCUGUUUUAAAAUUUUGAAAUUUUAUUGCGUAAUCCGCUGUAUCUUCUGAUUGGACACGAAAUGCUUAGCUCGGAUAUUUUUAGAUCUUUAUUCUUUAUCCUGUGUAAAUACAACAGAAAGAUAUUGAAUCAAAGUAAAGAAAAAGAAUAACUACGAUAAAUGUUUUGAACGAUUAAAUGAUCAAAUAAAAUUGAUCGAUAUGCUGUACUAAAAGAAUAAUAACGACGAAAAUUAAUGAGUUAUUGAUAGAUCCCGAUAUAAUCAGCGAUCAUGUUUUAUUAAAGCAUUUUAUUGUUGUUAAGAAAAUUCGAUUAUUAUUCGAUUAUUCGAAUUAUGUAGAUGCUUUUUUUCUUGUUUUAUAUGUUACUUUAUGCGACUAAUGAGUUUUGUCUGUUUUACUAAAUUAAAUCAUAAAUUUAAUUAAUAUCAAUUAAUUUGCAGAUUUGUAAGAUUCCCUUACGUUUUUCUAAAUGCAAUUAUGCAUGACGCUAAACUACAAUUAUUUUGUUUAUACGUUUAUAUAAAGUAGAAAUUGCGAGAGAAUUAUUAAUGCAUGCAAUUUUAUAUUUUAACUUUACACUUUUAUAAAUUUUUUAAGUGUGUAAUCAAAUAUAUCAAUUGAUUUAUUUUAUUUGUAUUGAUUUCUUCACAAUAUAAUUGCGUUUUUAGUAUUAUAUAAAAUAAUAAGUAUUGAUAAUUUUAGAAAUUCUUCAUAUAUCUUAUCAUCGAAAUCAAGCACAUUGUAAUUAAGAAUCUUUGCCAUUGCUUUCACUGUUACAAAUUUCUUAGACUCAUUAAUUUUGCCAAAAUAAUAGAAUUUUAAUUAAAAUUGAAUUUAAUUACAUUUUUAUCUCUUACAUAAUGAAAUCUAUCUAUUAUAUAAUAACAUUUUUUAACAAGUCAGAAGAUUUUUCGGUCGAACUAAAUUUGUAUAUAUCUAUUUUACACAGCAACCUUUGCGUUACUCGGCAUCUUAGUAUUUCAUAUUUAGGAGACUUAUGGAUUUAGCAAAUCCAUAAGCAAACGGAAAAAAAUGUUGAUCGAAAAACAGACAACGAGAUAACUUGAAUAAAAUGUCAGAUUUUAUUAGAACGUGGAAAUUAUGCCACUAGAAGAAUUUUUUUUCCAAAUUUUUGGAGCGUCAUUGUUCUCUUGAAGAAAAGUCAAGAAAGGCAAAGUAUAAUAUUAUUAUUAUAAUAACAUUAAGCAUUAGCCAGUAAGUUCAUUGUUAAGAUAAUUACCUGAUAAUGUUAGACAUUAAUAAUGUAAUUAAUCGUUAUCGCUGGUUGAUGAUGAUUAGUACAAAAUGUAUGAGUGCUUACGAGAGAGAGAGAGAGAGAGAGAGAGAGGAAGACCGUUAAAAAUUUCUCGUUGAAAGAGAAAGGCAGCGGGACGCUAAUUGUUUCUUCGUGGUUGUUUAAAAGGUCCGGUUGAAAUGGAAAUUAAAUGUAUAUACAUUCUUAGCGUCGUUGUAAAGGAUACGGUGCGCUUUUACGAAUUAUACGAUGUAUAAUCUCGUAUGAAUAGUGGUCCACCGACUCUCUCGGAUCCGUUGCAAAUUUAUGCGAAAUGUUCCUUGGGCAUCUUCCAUGUACGUACGAUUAUCUUGAAACAAUCAAUGUAUAUUGCAUUUUUGAGAAAUAAUAAUUCUCCAAGCCGCAUUGGUCGUUCCAUCACUCACAAAGAGUAUUUCGCAUUCAAGCGAACUUUAUUCCUUAAAACUCUUUCCUCUAAAGCUGCUAAUAUAAAGCUGCUUAUUUAAAAUAAAGAGUAACGUUUAUACAUAGAGGAGAUUUUAAUAUUUUUAAUGAAUAUAAGAAAUUAUCCAAUGGAAGAUGCGCAGCAUAAAAAUCGUGUAUGAAAGCACUUUUCUAUGAAUGUCUUUAUGUGUGGGAAGUAAUUGGUAUAUCGCUCUAAUAUUUCGUAAAGUGGCGGCGGUAUUACUACCUCAUCAGCAAAUUAUUUCUAUGAGAAAAUUAUCUUGUAACACAUGUACAGAGUGUUUCUUGAAUAUUGUCUGAUAUUUUAGGAAUUAAUAUUUCUAAAUCAUUUCAUGAAAGAGCUUAUCUAAUGUCAAUUUUUCUCUAUGAAAAACUUUCUAAGAUAUUUUACAAAUCUCAUCAAAUUAUUUGGUUUUUCUUAAUAAUUCCUAUAGAUGACAAGAAUUUUAAUUUCAAACUCAGACCAGUAAACAUACAGUACUAUUCUUAUUAUGUAUUUAUUAUAGUAGAUAAAGAUUAUUAUAGUAGGUAAACGAUUUUUAAAAAACUAACAGCAUACAAAUUGAAUUAAAUGUAUGUAUACAUAUAGAAGAAAUAUUAAUUUUGCUACUUCUUUAUAAAGAUAAAUUACUGAAUAGAAAAAAAAUGCAAAUUGAAUAAUUGCUUUUCUGAGCAUAUAAUAAUUUUUUAUUUGUGGUAUCACAUUAUUGUGAUACCACAAACUCAUAGAAUCGGUUGUUCCAACUUCUUGGUAAAUUUAUCUAUCAAGUAAAUAUAUGUUUGUCUUUAUUUAUUUAAGAAAAGAAAUGAAGAUAGAUACAUGCUUAUCUGGUAGGUAAAUUUACCAAGAAGUUGGAACAACCGGCCCUUAAACUUGUAUACCAAUGGAAGAAAUCAAUUUCUUUAUAUAAGUAAAAAAUAAAAAGCUUUUUUAGUUAUUAAAAAUUCAUUUCUAAGAUAUAUUUGACAGAGUAUUCAAGAAAUAAUCCGUGUAACGUGUUUAAUGCAACAUGCUCACUUAACGUGUAAUGCCAAGUUUCGGCUGUGUUAAACACAUAAAAAAAAAAGUCAUGCGUGCCCACUUUGCGACAUACAGCCGUGAGUCGCGCGCCGGUAUUUUUUUAAAUGAAUAAAAAGCGCGCGCGAGCUUUCACGAGAGGAUCCGGAAGGGAUCGUGCGACUUUCCUUGAACGAUCUUUCAUAAGUGUAAGUACAAUUAAAGAGAAACUACGUAUAUUAGACGACAUUCUGUAUGUGUUACAUCCACUACACGAGAUGUUCAAUAGAGAUCGAUUUCUUCUUAGAUCGCGUUAAUGGUUCCCGGGGAAGGAUUACCGGCGACGAACAAUUUCUUGUUUUACAGGGAUAUUGUACGUCCUUUUUGUCGCGCGUCAUUCCAAAAUAGCGCAUCUGCGUAGUUACACUUACACUCUCGCGUAGAUAUUGUUCCGCGCGUAUCAGCAAAGCAGAUUUAAAACAUUAGAGCUACUGAAGCAGUUAAAACUGAUUUGUAAUUUUUUUCAAUUUACUCAAACUUAUUGUAUAUUGCGUCUGUUUAGGUUUCCUGCGACUUUUGUUGCAAUACGUAAAUAAUUAACUGACUUAUACUUUCUUCCUUCUUUUCUGAAGAUGUGAUGUAUAGUACAUUUAAAUGAAGUUAUUCGUCGGUAGUUCUAGUGUUCAAAGCAAAUGUUCACGCUAACGAAUCACACGAUCAAUGCAACGACGAAGGUCCGUUUGAAAAACGGUCGGAAAUUCAAGUUUCUUUCCACAAGGAUCAUCGCGAAUGAAUUUGUUGAGAAGCGAAGACGGGACAAAAAAAAGGUCGGCCAAAGAAAAAAAGAAAAAAUGAAGAGUGAAUCAAAAGUAAUAUACAUUUGUCCGAGAAGACACUAAAAGAAUGUUCUUCGCAUUCAUUUUGCAUAUCAUAAAUUUGCUCAUACAAGCAAUUACAGUUUGUUACUAGCCUUUAAGCGCGGGACUUUUUUGAAAGAGAAAUCAAUUAACUUUCUGGGACGUGGCAUUUUUUAUGUCAGGUCUUCAAUUCAUGUUAAUCCGUCGAUGACGCAUGCGCUUUUCUUUACAUAUGGACAAAUACAUAUUAAUAGGCUUGUGCGAUAAGUAUUUUGUGUAGGUGUGAUGUUCUUCUCUGUAUAGAAUAAUUCGUUUCUAUAAUGUUACAUUUUUUAAACAAUUUAAAAAAAUAUGUUGCCUAAAAAAAUUUUUGAUGAUUUAGCUCUGGCAGCUUCGUCUUGUUUGCGUUUUUUGUUGUAUCUUAUAUGUAUGUGUAAAGCGUUGACAGUGGAUGUUGAAGAGCAGAGUGUGUGAAUUGUGCCCAUAUUAAAAACUAUAUAUAGAUUGAGCGGUGAAGAAAAUGCGCGAAUCGCAGCGUUCAUCGACAAAUUCCUCUUCAUAUGAAAGUUUAUAAAAAGUUCUUUAAUAGUAACGCAGUGCCAAAUACUGUGUAAUUUAUGAAAAGGAAUAAAAGUCAAGUAGAAAAAAAAUUGCACUGAUCGUGGAAUAAAAUUCACGUGUUAUAUCUACUUUUGCGUUCGAUGCAAAAAUGAUGCUUAAAGUAUCAAUAUUAGUUAAUUGAAGUUGAAUAACGCGUGGAUUAAAUGAAGUAACAUUAUGACAAAAGGUUCUAUUUAACGUGCUUUCACGAUAAUAUAAUAUUUGCGAAUAAAAGUGAAAAAGAAAAUUAAA